CACAAUGUCAGGGUCGUGACGUCAGUGUGAGCAUAAAACGACGGAGUUGAGGCGACUCUCAUCACAACACCACAACGCCACGAGUUGCUAAUAUUUGCAAAAUGUUCCGCAUCCUCUUUUUACUCGGACUGGGGCUAAGUGUUCAGUGUGCUUCGGCACCCUUUAUAAAGCCAUGCAAGCCCGGCGACUCCGCAUGCAUCUUGGCCUCAGCGCGGGCUGCCGCGCCCUUCUUGCUACCCGGGAUAUCGGACCUCGGCAUUAAGUCGCUGGACCCCAUGCACCUCAACGUGAUCAAGAGUGACCAAGGGGGUCUCAAGAUGGUCUUCAAGGACACCGACCUCACUGGCCUUAAAACCUGCACCAUAGAUAAUGUUAAGAUGGAUAUCGCAAAGAUGAAGCAGUCGGUAUUGAUGAAAUGCAGCAAGCUGGCACUGAAGGGCAACUAUAAACUAUCGGGGCAGCUGCUCAUUCUGCCCGUGCAGGGCGACGGUCCAUACACCAUUGACAUACGUGACAUCGUGAUCAAAGUGUCGACCGAUCUGAACACGGUGACGGGCAGUGACGGCCAGCAGCACUGGCACAUUAGCAAGUGGAAGCACUCGUACAACGUCCUCACCGGCGCCCACUUCUCUUUCCAAAACCUCUUUAACGGGAACACAGCCUUGGCGACUCCGGUGGAGGAGUUCGCGAACAGCAACUGGAAGGAUGUGAUGCAGGAAAUCGCUCCGCCCAUCGUGCACGCCGUGCUCGAGGAGAUCGUAGCCGCCGUGGACAACCUCUACGCCGCCGUGCCCGCCGACCAGCUUUACACGCCCUGAUCUUCCUAUUAUAUUUAUUUUAAUACUGUAAAUAAAUAUUACGUAAAUUA